AUGGCUUCCGGCGGCGUUUUCAAAUCAAAACCAUUAAUAUUCAUUGCACCGCCGCCGGCAGCCUAUUAUCAUGGCAAGGAGGAAGAAGCCAAGGCCCGCUUCGCCUUCCCGAGAUUCAUUCUGAAAAUGUUGAUUCUAUUACUCGUCGCUUCAAUCGCAUUGGGCCUCUUUACCUGGUUCAUAUUCGCUGCAGAUCUCCCAGCCUUCCAUGUCGAUUCGAUGGAGGUGCCUUCCUUCAACGCCACAGACGACCAGCUCACAGCCGCCUGGGACGCCACCAUCACCAUCAAGAACCUCAAAAAUAAUGUGCAGCUCUCGUUCGAGUAUCUGGAGGGCAUCAUCGUGUACGACGGCGUGAUCCUGGGGAUGUCUAGGGUUCAGCCUUUCGCCGUGGGGAUCAGAGGCGAUACCCUCUUCAACAUUAAGCUGUCGACGGAGCACGGAGACCGGGAGAGUCUCGCCGGAAACUAUAAGAAUUUGGUCGGAGAUCGGAGGAAAGGAGUGAUACGUUUCGAUUUGAGGAUGAUUGCAGAGAUGUCGAUUAGGACGGGAUUGCUGUGGAGAAGACGAGGGCUUGUGAAAGUGUUUUGCGAGGAUUUGAAGGUGCAAUUUGCAGUGGGUUCAGAUGGCGCUGGAAAACUGGUGGAACAGGAUGGGAAUGAACAAUAUGAGUGCUUCCUAUAUACGAAUCAAUAG